ACAGAGCCCAACGUUUGGCUCAAACUCACGAGCUGUGAGAUUAUGACCAGAGCCAAAGUCGGACGCUUAACUGACUGAGCCACCCAGCCACCCCAGUAAUGGAGUUAUUUAGCAUUGUUUUGGAAGUUAUAUAACAAAAGCAGUCAGGCAAUUAAAAUAAGUGAGACAUAAAUAUUGAAGAGCAAAUGUCCAAGUUAUGAUAGGAUUUGAAGGUAAUAAGAUUUUCUGUAGAGAAAACAUUAAGGAAAAGAUCAUUUGGAAAAUGAUUUCAAUUGAGGGAGACUCAGUGCUCAGUAAGUUGCCUGGCUUCAAGAUAAAUUACAUGGGCUUCUCUGUGAACAGAGCUGAACAGUUUAUUGACAGUUAUAAAUGAUUUGAAUGUGUGGGAAGAUUCAGUAUUGUAGAUAGUUUAAAUGUCCUGAGAUUAUCUAGAUAGUCAAUGUAAUUGAUAUAUUUGUUCAUUUAACAAAUAUGUGUUGAGUGUCAGUGAUAUCCAGGUGGAUGUUCUAAAUGCUGGGUGUGUAGCAGUGUAUGGAAAUAUAAACAACCCUUUUCUUCUGGGACUUACAGUCUGGUUAGUAGAGGUAAAUAAAAGAAUCAGGAAUAUAGUAUGUCAGGGUCAUGAUAAUCCCAUCAAAAUUUUAGUAGGGUUAUUUUUAGAAUCUUACACAAUAUUUUAAAGUUCAUCUGGAUCAAUACCUGUGACAGGAUGGUAAAGAUAACUUGUUAAAGAUUAUUUGUCCUAUUGAAUAUUUCAUUAAAAUAACUAUGUUAUAGUUACAAAAUACAUCAGUGGGACAAAAUAUAGAAGGUCUAGAAAUAGUCUCAAAUGAGGAUUUUUGUCAUUAAUAAAAGUGGCAUUUCAGACUAGUGGAGAAAACAAUGGAUUGUUCAGUGAAAUGGUAUUUGGUCAACUAGCUAUUUAAUACUGCAAAGUAGAUUCCAAAUGAGUUAGGUAAUUAAGAAGAUAAAACAACAUUAAAGUACCAGAAACAUGACUUUGAAAGCAUGAUUCUAGAAGUAGCAAAGAAAAGGUUAAUAGGUUUGACAUUAAAAAAGACUCAAUUUCCUACGAGCAAAGAGCACCAUAAACAAUGUGAAAAGACAAAGGAUAAACUGAGAAAGAUAUUCACAGUGUAUAAAGUGGACAGAGAGUUAAUGUUACUAGAGGUCUUAAAAUCAAGGAAAAUAAACCUAAUAAAAAGUUGCAAUGAUCAUUAAAAUGGAAUUCACCCACAAUGCAGGUUGAGAGCAUUUAUUUUACUUUGCCUAUCAAAUUGCUACAGAUUAAACAGAUUGCUACUACCAAGUGUCCCUGGUGGAAGGGUGUGUUGAUAAAGCUUUUCUGCAGGCCAGUUUGGUAAUAUGUACAUGUUAGGAUCUUAAAUGCACAACUUUUGACUGGUAAUUCGUCUUUGAAUGUACUGUAGGGAAAUAAUUGGAUAAAUGUGCAAAAAGUUUUAUAGAAAAAUGUUCAUUGUCAUAUUCAUCAUAGCAAAAAAUUGGAAAUUGUCACUUUGAUUAUACAUCACUACAAUGGAAUACUAAGCAGCCUGAAAAUGAUGUAGAUUUAUAUUUGCCAGUGAGGAAAGAUGUCCAUCUUAUAGUUUAUAAAAAUCAGUUGCAAAUGUAUGCCUAAGCAUGCUACAGUUUUAGAAAGCACAUGUAACUGUAUGUACAUAUAUGUCCUGGUUGAUGAAGACAGUAUUAAUGCAUAUACCAACAGAGUGAAAUGUGGCUCUGUGAAAGAUGAUUUCAAUUUUCUUUGUACAGUUUAGAAAGAAUAUUUAGAAGUUUCUGUGGUGGAAUGCCUGUCCUUUUAAUUAGCAGAGUGGAAACAGUAAAGCUCUUUUUAAGGGAGGAGGUAGAGGGAAGAUGAAGAUGGGAAUAGAGGCCUUGGUUUUAGGGACCCCAUGUCUGCCAUGCCUUGUUGCCCUUCUCAGGGGGCCUGCAGGUGAGUGGAACCCGAGUAUUGGCUCUGUUGGGACUUGCUACAUGUGGGGUCGUCCCCUGCUGACCAAGCUCUGGAUGCCAUCCUCAUGGCAUCAUGAAGUUUUGUGCCAGCAUUUCUGGCAAAGACUUUAUGGAGCUCUUUAUUCACAUCUGCAGCACCGUAUCAAAGCUGGAGAGAGUCUGUGUGCUCCACAUGCCAGCACAAGUGUGCUUCAGGCCUGAUGACUGCAGGGUCAUCUGUGAUGCUAGAGUGUGGUGUGAGGUGAGGCGGGAGACUUUCCACUGGUUUCACAUGAAAGAUGUUUCAGAGGAGUUUAAUGAGAUUUAUUUAGAGCUGCUAUCUGAGCAUUUGUUCAGACAGGUGAGAAGCACAGGGAAUGCCUCUGCCCUGAAGCCCCAGUUGACCAAUAAGUGGCUCCCCCACCUCGCCGUGGCUGUGGAGCUGCCAUUGCCCACAGGUUGGACUCUUGUUGUGGUACACAGUGAUUGAUCGCCUGUGAGGUUGCUUCCCAGAGUGGUGUUGGAAGAUUUCCUGGAGCCCAGUGUGCAAGCCCAUGAUGUUAGUGUUUAUCUUCCUGCUUUGAAGACUCUGAAGAGCACUAUAGAAAGGCUAGCAAACUUGGGUGAUCAAGUGCUGGUUGAAGCAAAUCUAAAUGGCAAAAUGAACUUGAGGGUACAAACUGAUGUGUCUAUUAAAAGUUAUUUUAACAAUUUUGGAAAUCCUUCCAAGUCUGCUCAGGAUAUGCCUCAAGAUAGAAACCCUGAGAAUAUGUUGCAAGUACUAGUGGAAAGUAGGAAGCUUCUGUAGUUUUUCGAGGGAAGCAAAAUAAAUCCUACAAUAGCCUUAUGCAAUAUUUUGAGCAAUACUCUUCUUCAUCUUGUUUUGGUUCAUGAAGAUGUCUCUUUUCAGUAUUUUAUUUUUGCUUAUAAAAAUUCAAGCGGCCUAUUAGUCAGCGUCCGGAGUGACUGUCCCCAGUCACUGCAGGGCUGCAGUCUCCCAGAGCCUCUGGAGUUGCACAUUGCUUCUUCCAUAUGGUCAGCUUGCACGGCAUUGAUGAAUCAGCUCCCAGUUUCAAGAUGCUGGCUUCAUUUUGCUGUGGUGAAUCCAGAGACCCACCUCGGUUAUCUUUACUUCAGUAGGGGUGGACGGAAUGACAGUGAACGGGCCCCUUCAGAGGGAUUUUAG